GGGAGUUGUAGGCACUGGGGCGCCUCUUUCCUGUGAUGACUCUAGGUGACGGGGCACACUACUGGCGUAUAGACGGUGGGAAGAGCUUUUUCAACCGGCGGAGUCGCAGGAACAUCGGAUUGUGAGUGAAAGGGGUGGACAUGGCAGGCCUUUCGAUAACGUCGCUGGGUCGCGGCCAGUGCUGUAUGCUGUGCUGCAAUCAGCUGUACUCGACGGGGUUCAACAUCUACCAGGCCCGCACUUACCAUGGAGAGAAGAGCUUCUACGCUAAGCUGUUGGAACUGACAAAUUAUACGGCCAGCAUGCCGCAGCUGGUGAGCGACUCACUCUGCAGCGUCUGCGCCACGAUGGUCUCCCAAGUGGACCAGCUGGAGUACCAGCUGAGCCACGUCAUCUCGCAGAUCCGCGCGCUCUUCCACAAGAUGGUGCAGUCGCAGACGGAGGUGGCCGCCGCCCGGCCGGGCCGCGGCUCGCUCGGCCCGCAAGGCCUGCCGGGCGGCGCGGCACGGACAUCGUCCACCGAGGUGUCGUCGGCCUCUAGCGCGUACCUGCCCGAGGUCAAGUCAGAACCUAGCACAGACCCACCACCACACGCGUCCCCGUACUACGCCAAGAAGCCGCCGAAGGAGUUACACCCCGCCUGUGGUCCUACCCUCCUCAAGGUCAAGACCGAACACCUGAGGAUGCCGCACACCCGCGCCUUCUCCUUCUUUACCAGGAACCGUCCAUGGAAGAACGGCACUCCGUCGGCGACGACAACCCGUCGUCCAUCCUGGACGCCUGGCCUGCCUGCGCCGCCGGCCGAGGCGCCGGCGCCGCUGGUCAGCGCCGCCGCCGGCGCCGGCCAGCCCGACGACGGCCUGUUCAACAUCGGCGCCUUCCUGCAGACCGACCUGCGGGAGCCGGCCGCCGCCGCCGCUGCCGCCGCAGCCGCCGUCCACUCAGCCGCCGCCGCCGCCGCCGCUGCCGCCGCCGUCUCCUCCGCCGGCGACUUCACCGACAAGUUCGUGCGCACCGUCGAUUCGGAGGACGCGUACCGCUUCCAGUGCGUGCUGUGCAGUAAGCUGGGCGACUCCGCCGAGGUGAUCCGGCGCCACGUGCGCGCCGACCACCCGGGCGCCGACCGCAUCAGCUUCCCCGGCGCGGCGCCAGCCAAGCGCGCCAAGCCGUCGGCCGGUGCGGUCAAGCCCGCCGCCAGCAAGGUGCCCCGCUCCAUAACGGCCAGCUCGCCGGCCAUGGCGCAGAAGAUCGCCGAGCGCGCAUACGUGUGCGCCGGCUGCGACAAGGCGUUCGGCUGCGAGGCGUUCCUGACGCGCCACGUGACGGCGCAGCACUGCGGCCGCAUGUUCAGCUGCCAGUACUGCGGCAAGGAGUUCAGCCGCAGCGACAAGAAGGUGCGCCACGAGCGCUCGCACACGGGCGAGCGGCCCUUCAGCUGCGGCUUCUGCGGCAAGGCGUUCUCGCGGCGCGACAAGUGCACCUACCACGAGAAGAGCCACACGCGCCACCGGCCGUUCGAGUGCCAGCGCUGCGGCGAGGUGAUGUUCUCGGCCGGCGCGUACGCCACGCACCGCCAGAGCUGCUCGGACGAAGUGCAGGGAACCGGGUCGCUGUGGCACGCGCAGAUGCGGCCGGCCUCGGCGGCGCCCCCGGCCGCCGCCGCCGCCGAGGCCGGCGACCCGUGAGCGGCGCCGGCCGCCGCUAACGCGCCGACGCCGGCGGGCGAGG